AAAAGCUGCCUUGCUACAUGAAGUUGUGCUUCCUUCUCUUGUACAACACUAUUAAUGAAAUGGCUUAUGAUACCCUUAAAAAACAAGGGAUGAACAUAAUACCCUACUUAACAAAAGCGUGGACCGACAUGUGCAAAGCCUUCAUGGUGGAAGCAAAAUGGCGAUUCAACAGAGAAACUCCAACCUUUGAUGGGUAUCUGGAAAAUGGAUGGAUGUCGGUGUCAGGGACUGUUGGUUUAGUCCAUGCCUACUUUUUAUUGACAGAAAAUAUUACAGAGGAGGCAAUUGACGACUUAGAAAUCUGCCACAGUCUUCUGAAAUGUUCAUCCAUGAUUUUUAGGCUUUGCAACGAUUUGGCCACCUCUAAGGAUGAGUUGGAGAGAGGCGAAUCUGCAAAUUCAGUCUCGUGUUACAUGCUAGAACAUGGAGUUUGUGAACAGUUUGCUCGCAAGCACAUAAGGAAUUUAAUCGAUAAAACGUGGAACAAGAUGAACAAAUAUGGAGCAGCCGAUUCUCAUUUCGGAAAACCAUUUAUCCAAAUUGCAAUGGACCUUGCCCGGAUUGCUCAAUGCACAUACCAAAAUGGAGAUGGGCAUGGAGCUCCAGAUGCCAAGGCAAAGAAACGAGUUUUGUCUGUUCUAAUUGAACCCAUCAAACUCAUAGAGAGACCAAAGCUCCAAAAUAUGGAAAGGCAUAAGCCCUAGAAAAUUUUCUUGAUGAGAAAGU